CCCCCCUUGAAGAUAUCCAGGCCAGGCAUAACGAUUCCCAAAUGAACCGGCAUGACGAAGGCGGCAGCAAAACGCCAGUUACCCCGACUGCGGGCAGCACUCCGCAGACACCGUUCUUCUCCAGAGCCCCUUCCACAUUGUCCGUAGCAGGCAUCGACACCGUUAGUCGUUCUAUGGCUAGAGAGGUCGGAGAGGCGUCGCCCUUGUUACCGGAAAGUUCGCCCGUACAGGAGAGGGGCCCGUACUACAGUGGAGCACAGUCUGAGGCCAGUUCUGAGUACUUCAAACCUCCGAAACGGGCACAGAGGUCCCGAUGGGCAAAGGUACGGUAUUACAUACCGUCAACCGCCUGGAUCCCAAAUUACUCCUGGUCAUUACUUGGAGGAGAUUUUCUUGCUGGUGUGACGGUAGCCUGCAUGUUAAUCCCCCAGUCCGUUAGUUAUGCGACCUCCCUUGCAAAGCUCAGUCCAGUCGCUGGUCUGUUCUCAGCCUCAAUACCCGGAAUUAUAUAUGCUCUGCUGGGGACCUCUCGGCAACUCAACGUCGCUCCCGAAGCGGCUCUGAGUCUGCUCGUCGGCCAAGCUGUCUCAGAUAUCCUGCACAAAGACCCCCAUACUCACCCUGUAGACCCGGAUGCAGUCGGUAUAGCUGUCAGUACCAUUAUAACGUUCCAGGUCGGGUUGAUAUCCUUCCUCCUGGGAUUCUUCCGGCUUGGCUUCAUCGACGUGGUCCUGAGCCGAGCCUUACUGCGGGGGUUCAUCACGGCUGUGGCCGUAGUUAUUAUGAUUGAGCAGCUUAUACCGAUGCUGGGGCUGGUUCACGCCGAGCAUCUCGCCAACCCACACACUACCAUGGAGAAACUGUUCUUCCUCAUAGAACAUAUACCCCAGAGCCACGAGCUCACUACGUUUAUCAGCUUCGGCGCCCUGGCGACGUUGGUUGUGCUCCGGACGGUGAAGACGGGAUUUAAGAAGUAUUGGUGGAUUUAUCGGAUACCCGAAGUUCUCAUUGUAGUGGUGGUCUCGACUAUUGUGUCGCAGCAGUUCGACUGGGACGACGACGGUGUUGAUAUCCUUGGUUCAGUCAACACGAAUACAGGAAAGCACUUUUUCAGAUUACCGUUCCGACAUAGGAACCUCUCGUAUUUGCGGUCCACGACCUCGACGGCGGUACUAUGCUCUGUCAUCGGCUAUCUUGAUAGUAUAGUUGCUGCGAAGCAGAAUGCGGGAAAGUUUGGGUAUUCAAUCAGUCCUAAUCGAGAGCUUGUCGCACUCGGAGCGGGCAAUCUCAUGGGCUCAUUCGUUCCGGGUACACUUCCUGCUUUCGGUUCCAUCACAAGGUCACGCAUCAAUGGAGACGUCGGAUGUCGGACGCAGAUGGCCUCACUCAUAUGCUCGACCAUCGUCCUGCUCGCGACCUUCUUCCUUUUGCCGCUGCUCUAUCACCUUCCUACAUGCGUUCUCGCAGCAAUUAUUGCGAUGGUAGUAUUCAGUCUACUGGCUGAGACCCCUCACGAUGUCCGCUAUUAUUGGAAGAUGCGCUCGUGGAUAGACCUCGGGCUCAUGUUCCUCACCUUCGCCUUCACCAUCAUCUGGAACAUCGAAAUCGGUAUCACGGUCAGCCUGAUUAUCUCGCUCCUCCUGGUCGUCCACCGGUCCUCCAAGCCAAAGAUGACUAUUUUGGGCAGAAUACCUGGUACGGAGCAGUGGAAGCCGAUAAGCGAGAACCCGGAGGCCAGGGAAGAAGUCCCGGGGGUUCUCAUUGUUAGGAUUCGGGAGAAUCUCGACUUUGCGAAUACUGCGCAGCUAAAAGAGCGUUUGCGCAGGUUGGAGCUGUACGGCGUUGACCCAAGUCAUCCCUCGGAGGAACCUCGACGGGAAGAGGCAGCUGUCCUUAUCUUCCACAUGGCUGAUGUCGACUCCGUUGAUGCAUCCGCUGCACAAAUAUUCUAUGAGUUGCUUGAGACAUACAAGAGCCGCGACGUCGAGCUGUUUAUCACGCAUUUGAAAAGGGGUCCUCACGAGGCCUUCGAGCGGGCGGGUAUCCUCAAGCUGUUAGGGGGCGAUGCAUUCCAAGACAAUGUGGGAGCGGCUAUUGCUCGAAUAGGGAGAAGGCAUUACGUUGCUUAGAGCUCGC